CUGUUCCACCGUGCCAUCAUCCAGAGUGGCUCAGCCCUGUCCAGCUGGGCGGUCAACUACCAGCCCGUGAAGUACACCCGUCUGCUGUCUGAGAAGGUGGGCUGUAACGUUCUGGAUACCCUGGACAUGGUGGACUGUCUGAGGAAGAAGAGCGCCAGGGAGCUGGUGCAGCAGGACAUCCAGCCAGCACGCUACCAUGUAGCCUUCGGACCGGUUAUAGAUGGAGACGUCAUACCUGAUGAUCCAGAGAUCCUCAUGGAGCAGGUGGGGGACCUCUGGGGUGGUUCUGUUGCUUUGUUUGUUUGUUAUUUGACUUUGUUUAUUCGGUUUUUUACUUGAACAGAUCAAGAGAAAAAACAUACACACACAAACAUCCCCAUAAUAGUAAUUAUGUAAAGUCAACUAUAUACAUAACAACUGUAAUCAAAUUUAGGUCAAAGUCAGUUGUCACACAAAAUAAUGCAUUUUCAACACAUUUCGUUAUUUCCACACAGGGAGAGUUCCUGAAUUAUGACAUCAUGCUGGGAGUCAACCAGGGGGAGGGGCUUCGCUUCGUGGACAACGUGGUCGACUCAGAGGACGGCAUCUCCGGCAAUGACUUUGACUUUUCCGUGUCGGACUUCGUUGACAGUCUCUACGGUUACCCAGAAGGCAAAGACACUCUGAGGGAGACCAUCAAGUUCAUGUACACGGACUGGGCAGACCGCGACAACCCCGAGACACGACGCAAGACGCUGGUCGCUCUGUUCACCGACCACCAGUGGGUGGAGCCGUCGGUGGUGACGGCGGACCUCCAUGCCCGUUACGGCUCGCCAACGUACUUCUACGCCUUCUACCACCACUGCCAGAGUCUGAUGAAGCCGGCCUGGUCGGACGCAGCCCACGGGGACGAGGUACCCUACGUGUUCGGGAUCCCCAUGAUCGGACCCACAGACCUGUUCCCCUGUAACUUCUCCAAGAACGACAUCAUGCUCAGUGCU